CCGUCUGGGUAGAAGCAGCCCUUUUGAACAGGGGAGGCUUGAUGGGCUGAAAGAAUGGAUAAAUGAAUGAACAAACACAUGAAUAAAUGAAAGUAUGGACAGAAUAUGAGAAGAUCCCUGCAUGGACCAGUGAGAAUGAUGCACCAUGCAGAAGGUGGAGGGGCAAAUGUUCAAAGGUCUUUAAGGGCUAACAUUUAUUCUAGGACUUGGGGGUUGUACUUCUAGAAUUUGUUAGGACAAAGUAACCCCCACUACCAGACCACAGUUAUUAGCACCUCCCAUUUGCAUCUCCAGGCUCAAGGGGGGCUGAUGAUCUGGGGUCUGAUCAUAACACCAGGUCCUUGGCUAGGGAGCACCUCUGCCCGUCCGUUUCUCUCCUUGUCCCUGCAGUCUCCAUCAGUAAUCUUCCCUGUUGACCCCUAGGUCAGCGAUACUUCCUAAUGUUCAGCAGCGUGUGGGUAGCUCUGGGGCUCUCUCUGACCUGCACCUCAGCCCUCAGCCUCAUCUCCCCUGCCUGGUUCCAGACCCCAACCUUCUCCUUUGGCAUCCUCACCUACUGCUCCUGGCCUCAGGGCAACAGCUGGAACCAGAGCUGCGCGACCUUCAGUUCCCUGGAGGAUAUUCCUGACUUUGCCUGGAAGGUCUCAGCUGUGAUGCUCCUCGGAGGCUGGCUCCUGCUGGCCUUCAAUGCAAUUUUCCUCCUGUCCUGGACUGUGGCCCCCAAAGGGCUGUGCCCAAGAAGAAACAGUGUUCCAAUGCCGGGGGUGCAGGCAGUAGCAGCUACUGCCAUGAUUAUGGGUCUGCUGGUUUUCCCAAUCGGUCUUGCCUCCCCAUUCGUCAAGGAAGUCUGUGAAGCCUCCUCCAUGUAUCAUGGUGGGAAGUGCCGUCUGGGUUGGGGUUACACGACCGCUAUCCUCAAUGCAGUCCUGGCCAGCCUCCUGCCCAUCAUCAGCUGGCCCCACAGGACCAAGGUCCAAGGGAGGACCAUCAUCUUCUCCAGGGCCACCGAGAGAAUCAUCCUUGUGCCAGAAAUGAACAAAUAA